AUUUGAGUCCGUUUUGUUAUUACGGUGUGACUUUAGCUCAGUUUUACCGCUCUCAGCUCCACCACAAACUCCAGCGCAGACAUGAACAGAACUGUCCUCCAGGUUUUGGUCGUGGCUCUCUGCUUCGCUGCAGUCCAGGCGCUGCAGUGCUACAACUGUAAACUGGGCUUCUGGAAACUGUGCGUCACUUCAAAGAUCACCUGCAACUCUGGAGAGCAGUGCUUCAGCGGCAAAGUAGAAGCAGCCGGGUUCGUGGACAUCAAAAUGAAGGGCUGCCUCGCUGUGUCCAGCUGCAACAAAACCGAGAACGUCAACUUCCCCUCGUCCGGAAACACUACGGUCUACCAUAUGACUAAGACCUGCUGCAACACCGACCUGUGCAACAGCGCCCCCACCGCUCUGCCCGGGGCACUGCAGCUUGCUCUGGCCUCUGUCGCCGCUGUGUUUGCCGCUAACGCCCUGGUUUAACAUCUAAGCUCUGAAUGCACCAAUGUUACUGUCCAUCUCCACCUUACACACAAACCUAUUGAGGGGAUAUGAACUGCUCCGGUUCUACGCACACGCAAAAUGAGGUUACAAUCUGAUUUUUGGAGUUGUAAGUCUCUUAAAGUAACACUUAAACAGCAAAAUGCACAUGUUUCUGUCUGAACAUGGUCCCUCUGGUUACUCACAUCAGAUCCUGGGGUUUGCAUUUCAUUUAAAUAAACUUAAAGGUCCAGAAACCAGAUUAUGAUCAGAUUUUGGUGUGUCUUUGAACAAAGCCACAAUAAAUCUUGAGACAUUUGUUUCAUAUAUGAGAGGAUACACUGAAAUCUGCCAAAAAAAACAUAUAUUUUUUUAAAGCCUUAAUCAUAUUCUAAGUUUAAUUGGCAAUAGGGGUUUUAAGAUUAACAAUGUUACAAAGUGUGAAAUACUUGUAAGCCAUAGUAGACUAGUAUCUGUAUUAUAAAAUAACCCUAAAUGUGUAAUUUGUUCAAAGAUUUGUCAAAGAUGUUUGCCAAUUUGACUAAUACUAAUGAUUUAGGUCAUCAUAUUUUUAUAGUUGUUUUCUGUUCUUAGCGCAUGAGCUAAAACGUGUAAUGUAUCAUGUAUAAAGCGCAUGUUGUCCCAUUGGUUUAACUGUUCCUGUUUCUUUAUUGGUGCAUGAUUAUGUUAAGCUCUUUAAAAAUGGUCUUGGGCAUAUUUAUCUCAAAUGUUUUACCAAUUCUUUAUCUUUUGUUUUAUUGGUUCAAAAAGGUAGAGGUUUUUGUCUAUUUUAGCCAGGAUAUUUCACUCCACAAAUCAGACGCCAUUUUGUUAAAUCCAUUUCCAAUCGUGCCAUGUUUUGUUUUGCUUAAUUAUCUGAUUUAUUUUUCACAUUAUAUGAAUUCUCAUUUUUGUAAAUAUACGGGGCGUAACAAUGAGCUCAAAUGUAAACAUAAACCCUAGUCCCUGCCUCAUGAUAAUAUUUUGUAUUUGAAAUGGCAGUGGGUUUGAUUGACACAUGGCUCUGAAUCUUCAUUUUGUUCAACUGGAGUUUUAAUAAAGACCAAACUGGAA